AGGGAUUUCAAUUUAUUAAAGGUAAGAAUAAUGGUUAAGGUUGGGGAAGACGCGGUGUUAGGCAAGUUUUACUGUUAUGACCUACUAUAUAGGAGUCGUGACAUAGUGUUUUGUUAGUGAUAGGGUCGGAUGAAUUAUGCUCGCAAAAUUUCAGCGUUCCCCUGAAUAUUAUGCCUCGAUUUGAUAAUUCAUAUUAACAGUUUUUCAGAACCCUUCAGCCUCCACCCCCCUCACGCCAUUUCCCAUCAUCGGCCUAUUAAAUUUUGUUGUAGUCCACAAGCCAUCAAUUUUCCGGUCCUGGCCUCUGGACUUAUAGUGUACAGGCAGUAGUGGGAUGAGAGCUCGGCUAAAACUCGACGAAAUAGCCUAAAAUCGCUAUCAGUGAACAAAAAUAACACAAACAACCCUAUAUCAAGCUCAAAGCUUAUUUGCUUCAUUAUUAACGGAGUUACAGUGAGGAGCCUUAACUCCCAUACAAAGCUUGGGUUUCCAAUGGUGCAAGCGAAAGGUAGGCUCACUGUUGACAGUACGUAGGCUAGCUACAGAAUUUAUCCUUUGUUAAACUGGGACAUCAUGGGAAUUUCUUAGAAGUUUGGUCGUUACGCCGGCAAUAUGUUCGAUACCUUGACUGCAACAUUAUGCCCAAAAUUAUGUAAGCUUAACUUAUCUGACAUUGAUUGUGUCUGCAUGCAUGACGUAAUGCUAAGCGGGGAAGGGGUUUACCUGGGAUGGAGUGAUAGGGAGAGGAGCUAGGGAGAGGAAGAAUCCUCAGGGGACUGGGCUAGCCGCGCAUAGUUUCAUCGCUUUGGCGCUUAACUUGGCGCUUAACAAUCUUACGAUUUUCCGACGAUCAGCGUUUCUGAUGCCCCUUUCAACUACAGUCAUUGGCAGUUUUCGGAAGCCUUCUUACCUACAGAUACCGGACUGGUUCCAGCCAGCGUACGCCGAAAAUUUCCCAAGGGAGUACAAUCGCUUUUUGCAGAGUUUUUCAUCCACCGACAUAGAAGAAUUGUUUAUCAGAGCUAUUCGAGAAGUGAUUGAAAUACAGAGCAAAGCCGGUCUUGAUGUGAUAACAGAUGGGGAAGUGCGGCGUGAAAACUACAUCCAUUACUUUUGUAGAAAGCUGAAUGGCUUUGAUUUCAAAAGUUUAUGUCUGACGUCCAUUCGCGACGACGCUGCAACAAUUCUAUUGCCACAAAUUGUGGGAGAGGUAUCAGCGCAGGAAAAUGAAGGUUGGGUUUGGAAAGAAUGGAAGAGUUCACAGGUUUUAUCCAAACUUCCUGUGAAAAUUACUCUUCCGGGACCCAUGACAAUUGCGCACACAGUCGUCGAUCAAUACUACAAGGAUCAAAAGGUUCUAGGUGCUGUGUUGACAAAAAUUUUAAACAGGGAAAUUAAAGCUCUUGUAUCGGUUGGCUGUAAGGUUAUUCAGGUUGAUGAACCAGUGUUAAUGCGAUUUCCUGAUGAGGCUUUGGAUUAUGGAAUUGAUCAACUUUCAACUUGUUUUGACGGAGUUACAUCUCCUGAUGUAGUCAAGGCUGUUCAUUUGUGUUGCGGUUAUCCAACCUACUUGGUUGUUCUAGGUGUUGUUAAGAUUGCUAGCAGCAAAGUAGAGAGUGUCGAAGAGAUUCGCAGCCGUCUAAAGCAAGUACUGACUGUUUUACCAGCAGAACGAUUGGUUGUUGCUCCAGACUGUGGUUUGGGAUUUCUUCCAACUGAUCUGGCAAAGCAGAAACUUUUUAAUAUGGUACAAGCGGCAAAGUCUUUACCCUAAAAUUUACAUAGUGUUGUGUGGAAAAUCACAGAAGACAUAGCUAGAGAGAGAGCACGUUUAGUGUUUUAAAGUUCACUUUUCUCUGCCUGUCUUUUUAGCCAACCAAAGUAGCUAUUUUUGCAGAGUUUCCUGAAAAGUGUGGCAAGAAAUGGGAUUACCUAGAUAUUGUGUAGGUCCUACUGAACAAAGCCAUUUGGCCUGAAAUCUAUAUUAUACACCUUUCUUUAAGCUUCAAUUUUCUGUCUGUCUUUUCCUGAUUCCUUAAUUGAAGGUCCCAUUAAUCUCUUCGUGGUCCUUUUUAUGGUGUAUGUUAAAUAUAGGCUUCUUUACAAAUUUUGAAAUUUUUAUUGAUAGCAGUGCCAAGAUAAGGGAACACGAACAAAGGGAACGGAACAAGCAAGUCCGAUAAUUUUUUUUGAUGACACUAAGUGUCCUGUGAGCCUUUGUGUAGGAUAUAUCAAAAGUAAUUCAUAUAGGUCAGUAUAUUUCUCUACGUUACUAAAUAGCAGUCCAGGCCGUUGUUCUGUUAUUUAAUUCGAAAUAUUUGAAUUGCCAGUUUCUCACCAGACACGAUUGUUGGCGGGUGACCUAUAUUUAUCUUUCUAUUAAAUUGUAUUACAGGACAAAUAAUGAAUUUUAUGGUUGUCUGCUUAUCAGUUGGUGGUAUACAGAAAAAGACCUUAAAAAAAUCGAAAAGAAAAACUUGUGAGAUUAUAGAACACAAUACAGUAUGAGCCAAAAAAUAUAAAAUUAAAGGAAGUAAAUUUUGUAAUUGUAUCACUAUAACAGAAUAAAGACAGUUUAUAUUC